GGUGGCGCAAUGUUAUGGGGUUUGGUUUCGCUUUCCCUCAGGCUGAGCCCAGGAGUCAUUAGGAGCCAUGGCUGAGUUCCUUAAUGGCGGGAGCGCCGGCUCUUCUCCUGAGAAGCCAGUGGGCCGAAGAGACGGCGGCAGACAGAGCAGAAACCAGUGUAUUACUGACUUCUUUAAACCAGCUGUAAAACAAGACAGAACUGUGUUGUGUUCACCAGAAAAAAGAAAUGGGAAAGGUGGCCUUUCAGUCAUGUGUACAGAGCACCUUAGAACAAACAUGUACUCUCCAAAGCAAAAGAGAAGAAGAAAAUUCCCAACACCUCCGCCAAACAGGAGCCCUAUAAUUGAGGCCCUUUUCAAAGGUGCAAAGUUAGAGAAAAAGGACAAUCCAGACAAUGAUGUUUGUAUUCCAACAAAGGCUACACAUCCAAGCUUUGUUGUACGGAAACUCUUUGCAUUGGAUGGCUCUUCUGAUCAUUCUUUAAUAUUAGAAGAUUACACUUGCACAGAAAACAUUGAAAAGAAGGGUAAAUGCCCUAUUCAAACAAGAUCACCAUUAGUAGAAAAUGGUAGAGAAUGUAAAAUGGACUGUAUGGAUCUGGAAUUGACUGGCUCAGACUUGAGCAAAUGGGGUUCCACCUCAGAAAAUGACAGUUUGAACAAAGAGAGUGUUGCAUCUUGCUACAAGCAAACAGUGUGUUCCAAGGCGCUGCAACCUGGUUCAGAUAGUCCUUGUUCUCAGUUAUCAUUAGAAACUCAUUGCAGAAAGAGACAAGUAAAGGAGAAAAGGAAGCAGUCUAAGCAGCAAUCUUUUGAUUCUGGAAAGAAAGACUUAGGAAGUACCUUUCCUAAUCAGGACACAAGAAAUAUCUUGAAAGAAAGAUCUUGUUUGACUUCGCAGGAAUCUUUCUCAGAUGAAUCCUCAUCAGUACAAGUUUCAAAAGCUGCAUUUUGUUCAAGGUGGACCUCUGAUAAAACUGUCAAUAGAGGAAAAAGCCAGCCAUGCCCGUUAGUAUAUACUAACUCUACAACUUUAUCAAGAAUAUCCAAACAUAAGGAGUGUCCUGAAAAACAGAAAAGGAUCUCUUUAGAAGCAGAACAGACUGGGAACAACACUUUUCUUUUGUGUUCAAAAAACACUGACCAGGUUGUAUCAUCUUUAUCAGAAAAAUGGCAGCAUGUCGCUGCCCAUGAAUCUUCAUCUGACUUGCAUAAAUUGAACAAUAAAGGUUCUGGCUUAAAGGCUUGUACAAUGAGUAGAAAACAAAGUGUUUUUAGUAGUGAAGAAGAAAUCUCUGACAGCAGUGAUGAAGAGCUACUGCCACUUGAGAAAAUAUUGGCUCAGAGUUCCACAUCAUCUGGAAAAAACCCAGGACAAAUAAAUGAUGAGGAUAUUAUAACAGACACUGUGAAUCUAUCACAUAGUGUUUCUGUUUCCUAUAUUAACCAAAUGGACCAUCUCUUGAAGGAGAAAGAAGAAUUCAGUAGGAUAAAUGAACUAGAGCAACAAGGAAUUAAAUGGGAAACUGAAAUAGAAUUUCUUCUUGAAGAACAAUCUAAUGAUGGUGAAUUAACUGCUGAACACAGAGAAUUUUUAGAGAAAUAUUCAGUAAUUGAUGGUAUUCCUGACCAGCAUCCAGGAGAAAAUAUUUUUCAGAUUGUAUAUGCUGGGAAAAUCUUCCAUCAAUAUAACCUUGAUUUGCGGAACUUUGGAUUUCAUCCCCAAAAUCCUAUUGAAAAAUAUAUUUUGGGAUCAGAGAUUACACAGCAGCUUUUUGUAGUCACUGAAGGGUUACUGGUAUCUGCUUAUCAUACUUUUCCUUGCCCUGCUGCAAUUCUAAAGUGGAUGUUUCAGAUGAUGUCAGUUCAUCCAGAUUGCUCGGUUUCAAGAAAAGUUUUACAUACAUUGAUGACACUAACAAUUCAAAAUUCUUCCACUGGCAGUGAUGAACCUAGACUGUGGAUUCCAUCACUAUUUGACAUAGCAGUUGUGCUGAUGAACUUGGGUGUUCCAUUCAGUGUGCUAUUUCCACUACAGAAUUUUCAACCUAGCUUUACUGAAGAUGAUAUUAGGUCUGAAAUUCCUGAACCAGCGAGGCAACAGCCAAGUGGAAAUAUUUUUGGAGACUCUUUUCCUUUCUUUUUUCUAAUAGAAACCAAUCUUUGCAAUAUUGCUAAGUUUCUGCGACUAUGUAUAAGCAUAUGUGGGGAAGGUUACACACAAAAAGAAAUAUUUAUGUUACUAUUGCUGCUGUUUAAACUGAGUUUGGAAAAGGAACUGAAACGAUUUCCACUAGUAGACCUGCAGUGCCUUAUUAUAAAACUGCUGGAAAACAUAGGGAAGUGGGAUACAAAGAUGUCUGAGUUAUGCCUGGCAAUAAAUUCCCUGUCUAGUCACCAUCAUGAUCUUUUGUGGUUGGUUCAGUUUGUCCCCGACUGGACAGCACGUGGAAGACAAGUAAGGAGACAUCUUAGCUUGGUGAUAAUCUCAAAGCUUCUUGAAAACCAUGUUGACAUACCCAGUAGUCAUGAUCAGCAGAUGUCACUUCUAUGCAAGGAGCUAGUCAUGAUGAAACCUUCAAAUUUGAUAAAGAAACACUUGGAAAUUUCAGAUGAUGGCAGUGAACUUAGUAAAGAGUCUUUUAUUUCUGAAUUGGAACCCAAGGCAUAUUAUAUGCUAUAUGUUCUUCUUCAUUUAGUCAGGGAAGCUAGCAGUUCUGAGAGCACAAACCUCAUCCAGAAAAAAUGGCUGUUGAAACUCUGUAGUACCUUGGAAAAACAUAUAAAAUGUAAUAUUAGAGAAGAUGCCAGGCUAUUGUAUAAAACUAAGGUGAGUUAUCUCUUGAGUUAUUUCUCCUCCUCUUUCCCAGACUAUGUGAAUAGGAAGGAAGUCUUGGGAUGACUCACGUACACAUACACAAAUAUGAGUAAACCUGAAAAAUGAAGGGCUUUAUUUUCAUUCUAGCAAU